AUGCUGAAUGACUUACUUUGUAUGGAAUCAGAUUUUUCUAAUGAGAACAAAAUUAUUAUUUUACUUGUAUUUCUUCUUGAUUCGUAUGAUCAUCUUAUUACGACCUUAUUGUAUGAUAGUACAACAUUAAUUUUUGAAGAUGUUAUUAACUCAUUGAUGAAGUAUUAUCAUCGAAAGAAAAAUAUUGGUGAGGAUCGUAGUGAAGAUUUAUAUAUGAAGGAUGGAAGAGAAUGUGAAAGACAGAAGGAAACAAGAUCAUCAUGA